CCACGGCAUGUGCCUUUCUGCGUCGGCCAUUUUGUAGUUACCUCGAGAAAUCGUGUGUCGAGUCGGUUCUUCUACUCGGGUACGUGUACAUGAAUGGGGACAUUGGGAAGCUCCCACCAGGGGCGGUUUACCCAGCCACCCCUGAACCCCUGGGCUCCAUCGGGGGUGCAGUCGCCAGCAGCGUCUCUGGUCUAGACUACGCCGUCAUGAACGGAGGACCGAGCGGAAGCGAAUUAAUGCUUGAAGCCGGGGUAGGCACCCUGGAACCUUCGGCUCAGCAUGUCAUGGGCAUGGGAGGAGCCAUCGGUUACGGUCCAGUGGACAUGGCCCCUCUGGGCGAAGUGCCACCUCCGUCUGCUCCGAUGGCCGACCUUUCCGUGCCUGGCAUACCUCUCGAACAACUCAAACAGAUGCUCUCUUCCCAACUCGAAUACUAUUUCUCCAGAGAGAACUUAGCCAAUGAUACAUAUUUAUUAUCUCAAAUGGAUAAUGAUCAAUAUGUACCUAUAUGGACGGUAGCGAAUUUCAAUCAAGUGAAAAAGCUAACGAAGGAUAUAAAACUGAUAACGGAGGUGCUGAGAGAGUCUCCGAACGUUCAAGUCGACGAGGAGGGCCAGAAAGUCAGACCUAACCAUAAACGAUGUAUAGUAAUCCUACGAGAGAUACCGGACUGUACUCCGCUGGAAGAUGUUAAGAAUUUAUUCUCAGGGGAAGGAUGUCCGAGGCUUAUUUCCUGCGAGUUCGCCCACAACAGCUCUUGGUACGUGACAUUUGAAUCGGAUGAGGAUGCUCAAAAGGCCUACAGGUUUCUACGAGAAGAAGUUCGAGAAUUUCAGGGAAAGCCGAUAAUGGCGCGCAUCAAAGCUAAACCAAUGAACAGGCUACCGAUUCCAGCGGUGGCCGGCGUCGGUGGGAUAAAAAAUGGCUACAGGACUCCUACGGCGCCCCCGGUUUAUGACCCGAGUACCUAUCCGCCUGGCCAGCAACGCUUCCUAUACACAAACGGCACGACGAUGCCGCAAACUACGAUACCGCCAUAUGCGAACCAGGUCCACGUCUACCAUCAGCCGUUCUAUCCGACCGGGAUGAUGCCCUGGGGACCUGCGAGUCCGGCAUACUUCGACAUGUCCGGAGUAUUUACCAUGAACGGGAUCACGCCCCAUAAUACGUUCAAGCCACACAACACGAGAUACAACCAGAGAACCAGGAACAAGCAGCGGAACGGUUCGGAGCGCGGCGGCUCGAUGGACGGAGGCGGCAUGUCGGCGAUGUCGCGCAGCGGCCACGUGGCCCCUAGUGGGGGUCCGCUGCCCCCGGGGACGGGGGUGGGGUCGGCGCCAGGUCUGCCGACGCCGAAGCCGGCGACGGCGGCGGCGGCCUACGGCGGGGGAGCGGGGCCGAAGUUCCACUCAGCGCACCUGGUCGCCUCGGGCGGCGAGCCGACGUACGUCGGGGGCGGCGGGGCCGGAGGCGGCAAGCCGGGCCCCCAGGAGGCCGAGGGCCCGGGCGUGGACUCGCCGGUGCAGUUCCCCCGGCACCGCGUCCACCGCCGGCCCAAGGACCAGCAGCAGGAGGCGGCCGCGAAGGCCGGGGCCCAGGGCGGCGCGCCGCCCCCGGGCCGCGAGGCCGCCCCCGGCCCCGGGGCCGGGCCCCCCCCCUACGGCCGCGGGGUCCAGUUCGACCUGGAGGCGGCGGCCUUCCCGCCGCUCCCGGGCCUCGACGCCGAGCCCGCCCGGGCCCCCGGCGCCGCCCCCGAGGGCGCCGCUACCGAUGUCGGCCCUCCCGCCCAGAAUCGCCUCUCGGACGUCGUCAAGGGUACCGCCAAGCUCAAGGGCUCCAAGGAGAAGGACCCUUCCGUCGCUGCUGCCGCUGCCCCUGCUCUCGCCGCCGCCGCCGCCGCCGCUGGCGCCACCGUCGCGACUGCCGCUCAGUUCCACCAUCCGCCACCGACCCAGCAGCAGCAGCACCAGCCUGCCGCAUGCAGCAGGUCCGGCAGUCCCGCGCCGGCCGGGCUCGGAGUCGGACCUGCGACCUCGGCCGGCGCCGAGGCGGCCGACAACGCGCUCGGGUCGUCCGUCGCUCUCACUCCCCCGUCAUCUCCCGAUAAGUUUAGUCGUUUACCAGUGAAAUGCACCGCUGACAGAUCUCUAAAGACUGACGACUCGAGCUUGGUGAACGGCGUGGACGAGGGCACGAGUACAAACGCGCACAUCGCCGAGGAGACCGAGCCAGUGACCAGGUGCGACUGCCCCACCGAUGUCCCUACUGCCCCUCAGGGUAAUACCCAGGCACAAGCUGGGGCGGCCUCCGCCUCCCCUCUAGAUCUUACCAGGCCAAGCUAUGCCCAAGUAGCGCAGCACAGUCGGGAGUUACCUUGUACAAAACACAAAACGGAGGAGAGGGAUGGAAAUAUAUAAGCCGACACAUACUACUGCGAUCGACUCUCGGUAAUUAGAGGUUACCCUUCAAUUGGAUCGAGUGGAGAGAACGAUCACUGCUGCUUUUAUCCUACGAAAAGAGGGAAGGAAAGAAAAGAGUUUGCGGUGUCGUAGCGGGGGCACGGAGGGAACGUUUUUACAUUGUACAGUGACUUCGCCUACGACUAAACGCGGUAUAUAUAUACAUUCUAUAUGUACACUGGACUCCAUCGAUGGCUUGCUCCUGGUCCA